GGAAGGAGAAAAAGGCGGAAGUACGAAGAAGAAGAAAUCAGCCAUCUUCGUGAGGUCGAAAUCUGCAGUGCAGGAUGCCGAGACAUUGCUCUGCAGGCGGCUGCAAGUCUCGGGAUAACCGUGAGACUCGUAAUGCUGGGAUCACCUUCCACAAAUUACCAAAAGGAGCGACCCGGAGGAGCCUCUGGAUCAACAACUGCCACCGUGCCGACUCCUGGGACCCUCAGACUGACUUUGUGUACUUCUGCUCCAAACACUUCACCCCCCAGAGCUUCGAGCUGACUGGAUGCAGUGGGAUCAGGAGGCUGAAGGAAGAGGCUUGUCCCACAGUGUUCGACUCUUCUUCCACAAGCAAAGGGAAAAGACGAGCAACACAGCUGCCAGCAGAACAUCUACGUCUCAGGAGGAAUCGGCGCUCUAACGACUGGCAGAAUGCUCAGCUGGAGACAGAGGGAGGUGAGACUUCAGAAAAACCGAAUGGAAACACACCUGCAUCUCCUCAAGAGCCAUCAGAGGUGGAGCAGCUCCCGCAGCAGGAAUCAAGUCCAGAACCAGCACCAGGGUCUCGUCCACAAUCCCCCUCACGCUACAUGAGGCGUCUGCCCCCUCCUCCGGGCUUCUAUCUGCCAAAGGAGCACAGUUACGCUCAGCUCUGCCCCUUGCUGUGGAGGAGACGCUACGACCAGGCCAUCGACUGCUUGGAGAAAGCUUUACGACAGCUGCAUGCGGCCCGGCGGAGGGAGAACCGCCUGCGGAGCACUGUGCUGAGGCUGCGAGACAAAAGGCUGAAGCACAAUCUGCUCAUGUCACCAGAUGGUUCAGGUGUGGAUCAGAUGGAGCAUUAUCUUCCAGACUCUAGCAGCUGCUCGGAGGAGGAGAAGGGAUUCUGCUUCUACUGUGGAAGAGGGCAGGAAGCAUGCAGAGUUUCAAAGACUUCAAAUGAUGUGGAACCCGCCGUGCAUGAGGACACGCUAAAAAAUCAGGGACGUGUAGAAACCGGUACAGCUCCAAACGUUACAAACACACAGGAAAGACCGCCUGGGAAAAGUGUAGAAAGUAUAGACUUCAAUGUAACAAAUCCCCAAGUACUGCUCCAAACUCAAGGUGUCCAGCAUGUGAUCCCUGGGGUGUCCCUGUCUGAUUUUCAUGAGCAACUGCUGCUCUCUGAUGGGGAGGGUGGGGCUGUGGGUGAGGAUGCUCCCCUGCAGCAGCUGUUCCUGAUACAGAGCGGGGGAGAGGGGCAGCUCCUCCUGGUGCCUGUCCCUGCUGGAGACAAAAUACAGAGCUCUCUCAAGACGGAGCGUGUUCCCGAUGAAAGGCCAGCGUCAGAACUGGACGUUAAACAGCUGACGGAGAGGGGGGAACAUUCUGUCCUCAGCACCGAAAUAGGGGAAGAUGUUCGGGAGAAGCUUAAAGAACAUCUGGAGGGAUUUCACCUCCAGCUCAGCACAGAGUUUAUAAACUGAAGGGAUGUUCACCAAGUCUUUCUGUUACCUGAAUCAUUCAUUGUGCCAGACUUAAAUUAACUAAAUGUGUAUUUCAGAGGCUGCAUGGGCUUUAUUCUCCAGUUCUUCUUUUGAAAGAAUAAUUGGUCUUUAGUGUGCAGAGCCAAGCAACAGUCACUGUGUGUGUGUGUGUGUGUGUGUGUGUGUGUGUGUGUGUGUGUGUGUGUGUGUGUGUGUGUGUGUGUGUGUGUGUGUGUGUGUGUGUGUGUGUGUGUGUGUGUGUGUGUGUGUGUGUGUGUGUGUGUGUGUGUGUGUGUGUGUGUGUGUGUGUGUGUGUGUGUGUGUGUGUGUGUGUGUGUGUGUGUGUGUGUGUGUGUGUGUGUGUGUGUGUGUGUGUGUGCGCGUGUGUGUUUCAAAGCCUGUUGUCACUUCUUCUUCAGAGCUCCAUUGUUGUUAUUCUCCAUGUGUUUGAGAUAAAGAACAACAACAAUGAUUCUUUAAGUUGUAAACUAAAAGCACAUUAAAAAGCAAAAAUCCAACUAGUCAAACACAAUAUUUACUGCCUGAAAUGAAACAUAUCCGACGCUGAAACACAAGGAGAGGUACACGCUCAGGUUUUUAAACGUGUUUCUGAGUAGAGGCCUGAAAUUAGGUCUGUGGUUAACAUAAGCUGUCACGAUUUUCAUGUUUUUUUUACGCAACAUAAAAUACAUCAGUAAUUACCCCACUGCUGAGUGUCUGCCGCUUCAUUAGCCACCUUUCACAUUGGAUGGAUGGAUGGAUGGAUGGAUGGAUGGAUGGAUGGAUGGAUGGAUGGAUACUUUAUCCCAAAUGGGGGAAAAAAAUGUUUUCAGCAGCAGUGUCAAACAUUACAGGAGUCAUAAGAUACAAAUAUAAUACAAAUAAAUAUGAACAUUACCGGCAAGUAUAAAUAAUAAUAUUAAUAAUAGAGUACAUUUUUAUAGCGCCUUUCAGGGGAACCAAGGCCGCUUUACAUGGUGUAAGGACAGACAAAAAACAGACAAACAAACAAACACGAAGGGCAAAUAAUAAAGUAAAAAUUCAAUAAAUAACAGUGGGAGUGGAAGCAGGGGGUCUGUGAUGGGUUAGGGGUCAAAGGCCAUGGUGAACAGGUGAAUUUUUAAUGAUGAUUGAAGAUCUCCAAGGAAGCAGCGUUGCCUGUCUCUCCAUAUAGUAAAAAUACAAAUAAAAAUGUAAGCAAGCAGCAAUAGAAAAGACAUAAAUCCCUAGAGUACCUAAAACAAUAUAACAAAAUAUUGAAUAAAUUGACUACUCUACAAUAUACAGACUCACUAGGCUACAGGAAUAUAUAGAAAUAUACUGUAGACACAUUGGUGUUGGAUUGAAUAUAAUUCACAUUGUAGUUGUGCAAAAUGAUCAUCCAUAAUUGAUAACAGUUUGUCCAGAGUCCUCUUCUUAGUUUAUAGCCUGAUUGUAGCUUUUACUUAAUGGAGACUGCAUUUACUCUUUAAAAAUCACAACGUGCUGUUAAUAUGUGGAGAAUAUCCUGCUCUCUGUUUGCCACAGAUCUUGUUUUCUGCAAUAUGCUGUAAUCCAAUGUUAAAAU